AUGAAGCGAGUCACAUUCUGGGCUCGCCAAGGCUCUAUAGAAGCAUGUUUCGCAAUAUCCCUGCUCGUCACAAUUCUAUCAUGGCUCGUCUCGCUGUUUCAGUUCAGGACCACUUUGCAUCCCUACCUCAUCACUGCAGACGACUUGACUUCGAGCACGCUUACAGCUACGAGGGUUCAUCAAACGAAUUCGAGUCAUUCGGGCCACGAGUGGAUAUCACCUCCUGCGACUCAAUAUCCGCAAUCAUUCAAUCGCUCCAUCAACGACAUCCCUCGGACGGUUCAUCGUAUGUGGCAUACCACGACGAUAUCCCAAGCCUGGUACAUCUGGACGGAGGAGACUGCUCAUCAGUUCAUCGCCACAAACUUCCCAUGGUGUCUCUCCGCGUAUACGAAUCAUCUUCCCCCUGUACAGCGGAUCGAUGUGCUCCGCUAUUUCCUCCUAUGGCACUACGGCGGUGUCUAUCUUGACCCACAGCUUGGCUGUCUGCAACCUCUAGAGCCCCUACUGCAGCUCGGUGACACUCCUGUGGAUCAAGCUCUAUUUCCUCUACACUGGCCAUACGGCAUCGGCAAUGAGUUCAUGGCCAGCACGCCUGGACAUCCAUUCCUCAUCGAACUAGCCUUGAAAUCUCUGAGCCAUCAGGGGCCAACUCUGCCGGCCUUUAUGAUAGCAUUUUUCAAUCUUGGUCCUGCAUUCGCCAGUCGUACGUUGGACGUCUGGCUCCGGUCUGCAGACUAUUCACGAAGCUCACUUGCCAUCUUACCACCAGCAGUACUCGCCAAUGGCGGGGAACGAGCAUGUUUCACUUGGUUCCAAGGACCUGGACCUCAUGGGGAUGAUAUUGCAGUCUCGUUAUACUUUUUUGGAAACUGGAUCGGGUGGCUUGGAGCAGCUGUGUCUUUGAUUUUCAUGGGCUUGUGUAUCUUUGACCGUAGGGCGGGUGCAAAAGUACUGAAUGAGAAAUACGCCCUUGGAAGAGAGGAGUCGCUUGUAUGA